AUGCCUCGACCUCGUAAGUCGACGUCAGGCCCGAUCAAGCGGCGCACGAGGACAGGAUGCCAGACCUGCCGGCACCGCAAAAUCAAAUGCGGAGAGCAGAAGCCGGUGUGCGAACAAUGCAAGGCAAAAGGACUGCAAUGUGUCUCCACGGCUGCUCUCAAAUGGGAGGCUGAAUAUGUUUCCAAAGGCCUCAAAUUCGGACGAGCCGGUGUCUGGUCAAAAGAUCGCGGAAAGACUGCUCCGGCUUCACCUUCGACACCAGGAACACACAAUGACUUAGCUACCUGGUGCUUUGUACCUCGCGUCUUCCCAUACAGCUUCGUCAAUACUACCAUCGACAACAUACAUGAGUUGCUAGACUCGGACGAUGGUCUCGAACCAGGGCAAAGCAUACCUCAAGCGACUAUGUCAGUGGCCAGCGAGUCUGACAACCACGAAUCCACUAGUACAUCCUCUCUAAGUCCUUGGAUUUCCACGCAACAGCUGAUCCGACCUGUGCAAUCAAUCGCAUCACCUCUCACUUUACUACCAAGCGUGCCACAAUGGGAGCUUGAUGAUGCGAGCUUGCUGUUAUCUUAUUACGUCCGAAGGGUCUGCCCGGUGAGCAUGGCUAGCUUUUCGUCCACAUCACCAUUGGCAUCACUACUCGUCCCCUUCGCCGUGAAUACUUCCGCCCUCGCCCUCGAGUCGAUACUUGCUCUGGCUGCUUGUCAUCGCUCACGAAGCGAUGAAAGCUACAAGGCAACGGCAUUGCAGCGGAGCCAUCGAGUUCUUCAAACCCUAAGGACUCGAUUGCGACGGUCCGACCCGAGGGAGAUCGCACAGGACGUCGAAACCUUGGUUGUAAUGCUAUUGCUGUGUAUGUUCGAGAUUACCAAUGAGUGUGACAGACGUUGGGUUGUACAUCUGAAGGGCGCAAGAGAUCUAGUUCGGAUACGCCGUCAAAUCACUUCCCCAACAUCGGCGGCCUCGGAAGAAGGUCAGCUCGUCCAAUUCUGUGAGCGAUUCUUCGCAUUUCAGGACGUCAUUGGACGUACAGCAUGUGGUGAGGACCCGGUUUUCGGAAGCGAUUUCUGGGAAGAUAAUCCCGAAUGCGAUCAGUGGUUGGGAUGCUCUCCAGAGUUGGUCUCGAUAAUAAGCGAAAUCACCGAGCUUGGCCGUCAGAAUCGAGACAUCCGCUACACUGCCGAAUAUCAAGCUACUACUGCGGCACUGGAACUUCGCUUGAGCAGCCUGAAGCAGAGCGUCUGGGACGUCAACGAUGACGCUCUGGCUCAAGCAGCCGAAUUGAAGAGGCUGGCUGCAGAAUUGUACCUUCAAUGUCUCCUGAACGGCGCCGAGCCAUCGACGUCGUGGGUUUCAGCUCAAGUAGACAUGAUCCUUCGCCUCGUCGGAGUUUUGUUGGAGUGCCGGGUUAUCGCAGGAAUUACUUGGCCUUUGUUUGUUGCAGCGGUGCAACUCGACUUGGAUCGUGAUUUUCAACCUCUUUCAUAUGCCGGGCCUGCACCGGCACAUGCGCGACCUUUCGUCCUCUACGCACUGCAUCACCUUGCUGAUUCCAUGGCCAAUGUCACACGCACGCGGGCGGUUAUUGAAAAAGUGUGGCAAGCAAGAGACCUACAUCGGAUCUCGGAAAAUGGGCGAGAUCUAGAAAAGAAUGACUGGGAGUAUUUCGUUGCCCCACUCUGCGGCAACAUGUCGCUCGCUUAA